UAGUUGCAUCGCUGUCUAUUGAUCUUUCUCCGGCCACACUUUAUACGCAGCGGCAGCAGAGUUUAAUCUGAGCAUCGGAAUUUUGUUGAGGAGAGACAGAGAGAUAAGCCAUGGAAUUAGGUUUUGAAGAGAAAGAUUUCCUGGCGUGCUGUGGAAGCACAACCUUCGCCCGGGAAAUAGCUGCGAUCGCCCCUUUUGUUUCAUUCGAACAAGCCGUCGAAGCUGCGAGAGAUAUAUGGUUCAACAAGGUUGAUGUUAAUGGCUGGCUUGAAGCAUUUGCUGCUCAUCCGCAGAUUGGAGACACAAAAUCCGGCAACCAGAAAAGUGAAACUAGUGCACGGUGGAGCAAAGGUGAGCAAUCAACUGCCCUAGCAACUGCUACUGAUUCCACCUUACAGGAACUAUUUGAGUGGAAUUCUCGUUACAGGAAAAAGUUUGGGUUUGUUUUUCUUAUAUGUGCAUCUGGUAGGAGUACCCCUGAAGUUCUUGCUGAAUUGAAGAAGCGUUACCCAAACAGACCCAUAAUUGAGUUUGAGACUGCAGCACAGGAGCAGAUGAAGAUAACAGAACUACGUCUCGCUAAGCUCUUCACUGGUAAAGGCAUAUCUCCUCCUGUUGGUGGAGAAUAUUCUGCCACCCAAGCGACAAAAGCAGAAGAAGAUCGUGUGAACAUCAUUGGAGCCCAUCUGACUGCAGGUUCUGGUGCUCCUGCCAUCAAAGCUUCUCAAUCUUCAGUUAGGACCCGCCCUCCUAUCACAACCCAUGUCCUUGAUGUGUCUCGUGGAUCUCCGGGUGCUGGCAUUGAGGUACAGCUGGAGAUGUGGAAGGGAACUCAACCACGUCCAUUGUUUGGUAAGCUAGAUUCAGGGGGUUGGAUAUUUCAAGGGUCAUCAAUUACGGACAAAGACGGACGGAGUGGCCGUCUGAUGAGCAUUGUGGAUAAUGUGGACCCUGGUAUUUAUCGAAUAAGUUUCAACACUGGGAAGUACUCUCCUAAUGGCUUCUUUCCCUAUGUCGCCAUCGUCUUUGAGAUCAGGGAAUCUCAGAGAUCAGAACAUUUUCAUGUUCCCCUUCUUUUCUCUCCAUUCUCAUUCACUACAUACCGUGGGAGCUAGAGUUUCAUGUUUGGUCAAGCAAUUUACUUCUGUAAAUGAAAUGAAUAUAUAUUUCUUCUCCAGAAAUUGCUAGAAUCUGUGGAACUAACUAGAAACAUUUUUGUAUAACCUGGAAAAUGUUGGAGAAUGUAGAUAUAUGAUUCAAAGCUUGCAAAUGCAAGACCUUUUGCUUGAA